GGUUACAAAGCGAAGUUCUUGAACUUGGCAGAGACAAAACCCUCCUUCUCUCUUCUGUCGCUAAUACCAUCAUCAAUGGAAGAUUCUCCAUUUCUUUUCGUUUUCUAGGGCUUUUCAUCUUCUCCCGUCUUCUGGAUGGAAAUCGCCUCUAUAUUCUCCGAAACUUUCUCCAUCCUUCUAGCCCUAGUUUUCACUGCUCUCUGUUGUUCCUUCGCGGUCGUCUCUGUUCGCUUGAAAUCCAAAUCAGUCGAUUCUGACGGCGGUGGCAAAACAUUUCCCAAACAUCCUUGCGAUUGCAUCUGUUCCUGUGUCGUCGACGACGCUACAAACACGGAAAUCAGAACGACGGCAUCCAACAAUCCUGAUUCCAACGGAGGUCUUAUGCCGGGUAAAUUACAGAUGGGGGCCUCCAUGAUGGAACAGCUGGUUCCCGAAAUCACUAAUCAUGCUCUCAGUUAUUUGGAUUAUCCUAGUCUUUGCAGGUUAUCGAUGACUAAUUCUCUGAUGCGUAAGGUUGCUAAUGAUGAUGAUGCUUGGAAAUCACUUUAUCAAAAGGAUUUCACAUUGGAACAGCACAAUGUGAUACCAGAUAAUGGUUGGAAGGCUUAUUACGCGGUUACAAAAGCUCUUUUGAAUGUUAAUGCAGAAUUCUUUAACAUUAUCAGAGAUAGAUCGCUUGAAGCAAUGGAUAAUCUUUGGCUUAAUGCAGACUAUGUCAAAUGCGUGCAUGCCUCUGGGGAAUCCUUUUCUGGUUACGAAGCAGUUAUGAGAAGCUGGCAGUUUGCGUUUAAUUGGGAUCAAGUGGUGGUUGAUUUCCAGGUUCAAGACCCUUGUAUUCGUGUAGUAACAGGUAUGGCUUGGAUUACUAUGAAGGCGUUUGUUGAAGAAGAAGGUGCUGGGCCUUACAACGUGACUAACAUUUUUGAAUUCAGUAAUGGUCAGUGGCAUAUGGUUCAUCAUCACUGCUCUCCCUACAUUUUGCAGGGUUUAGAGUAAGAGAUAGUAUGAAAGGAAAUGAGAGUAAAUAUUUGAAUUUUAACUGCAAAGAUUUUACAGUAAACCUUUUUACUAUUGAAAAUGUUUGAAAUGUUAGCUGAAUUCUCAAGUUUUAGGCCUCUUUAUUUGCUCUUUUUUAGUUGUUCUGGCUGCACUACCUGGUUUUCUCAUCUGGGUAUGGAUCAGAAUGAGUUUCUAUAUUUGGUAUAUGAAGUUUCAGAUUAAUAUACACCUAAAAAAGGUUGUUCCUCA